CAUUAUAUACAAUUUCUAUUGCAGUUGAAAAACAACACAAUACACAUAAGCCAGGAAGAUAUAAAGCCACUGAUUGCGAAAAGAAAGCACGCUUUAGCGGAACUUGAUGACAGAACAGCCGAAUCCUUGCGCAAACUCGACGAGAAAGCAUUUGAUGUACUACAUAAACUAGAGCAAGAUGUUGACGACUUGAAACGUGCCGCUUUAACUGAUGUUGAAAACGCUGGGACAUCGACAAAGCAAAAUAUUUAUGUAGAGAAACAUGAUGCAAUAUUUGACAUUAUCAGAGCAAGGGAACAAGCAAAGCAAAACAUCUCCGAUAAUGCCACUGCAGGUGUAUCUGACAUAAACAAAGCCACUGAACAGGCAAAACAAGAUAUUUCACAGAAAGCUAACACAACUCGGAAACAGGCAAAACAAGACAUUUCGGAGAAAGCUAAUGAUGGUAUAUCUGACAUAAAUACAGCUAAGGAACAAGCAACACAGGAGAUCUAUGAGAAAGCUACUGGUGGUGUUUGUGAUAUCAACACAGCUCGAGAACUAGCAAAACAAGACAUUUCCUUCAAGGGUUCUGAUGUUUUGUCUGACAUAAACAGAGCUAGGGAACAGGCAAACCAAGACAUUUAUGAAAAAGGUACUGGUAGUGUGUGUGAGCUCAACAGAGCCCGGGAACAGGCAAAACAAGACAUUGUUUUGAGUGCUACUGAUGGUUUAUCUGACAUAAAAAUGGCCCGGGAACAGGCCAAACAAGAUGUGUCUUUAAAAGUUAUCAAUGGUAUAUCCGACAUAAACACAGUCCGGGAACAAUCAAAAGAAUACAUUGCUGGAAAGACCAAUGAUGGAUUAAAUAAAGUAAGCAAUGCAGAGACAGAGGCAAUUCAACAUAUUGCUAGACAAGCCACUGACACUAUGUCUGAAGUAAAACAGGAUAUUGACAUGCAAAAAUGUGAAGUCAUGUCUGAUAUUCGCAUCGCUGGGGCACGGGUGAAACAAGACGUUUUAACUGCCUUCAGCAAGGCAGAAACAGACACACAAGGCAAUCAUUUAGGUCGCACCAAUGAUGCCAGGUUUGAUAAAAGCGAGGGCGUUAUUUUAAAGGAAUCCCUUUUCCAAAGAGGUUUUCGGCGUGUUAGAAAUGUGUUCAGUUCUUCAAAAUCAAAGCCGCACUUAAAGGUAGUACCGAAGCGAUCCAGAGGAUCAUCAUUCAGAGUUUCAGAACUUAAAGAUGAACUAAUUAGAUGGUACAACACAAAUCACAGUACAGUUCCUCUUUCACCACUCACAGAUGAUUGCGAUACUCCUGUAGCUGGGUUCUACAUUUUGCCAGAAAUUGACGUACACACACAUCUCCCAGGCGGCAGGAAAGAAACAACUAGAGUCGCGUCGUUACAUGACCUGUUUAUAUCCGAUGUCAAUGUUCCCCGGGAAAUAUAUUUAUCAGCAGUAGCUGGAUUUGGAAAAACGGCAUUUUCUAAAUACCUUACCAUAGCGUGGUGCCAAGCCCAUCAAAAUAAUGAAAACUAUGUUUAUUUUGAAGAAGAAGUAGUAAAUGCUUUAUCUGACUUUAGCUUUUUAUUUCUGGUGUUCUUGAGAGAUUCAACUGAGGUUUGUGAUGUCGAUGACAUGAUCGAACAACAAGUCAUACAAAAUCUUCCUUGUUCAAACAAAAUGCCAAAAGGUCUUUUAAAGGACCUUUUACGUGAUGAAAAAUGCCUUGUUAUAUUGGAUGGACUAGAUGAAUGGACUCAUCCUGACAAUGAUUGUACAAGAAUACCGAAAAGCAUUCCUCAUCGAUAUGCACGAGAAAAAUGUGUAAUCUUAACAACAACCAGGCCAUGGAAGCUUGGAGUCUCCAACUUGAAGACAAGUCAAAUAGAUAAAACAAUAGAGUUAGUUGAAUUCAACAAAUACUAUUCGAGGCAGUUUAAGAUAAACGCUAUAAAAAUGUUGAUAGGCAACAUUAAAGAGGAUAAACUUAGAAAUAAGGUAAGCAGAUUUGAAGAGCAUAUCAGAGACAAUGACCUUAAAGAGAUGGAAUCUACUCCUCUUCUUUUACUCUAUCUUAUAUGUUUAUGGCUCGGAAACGUUCCAAUUGGAAAUUCCACAGUUGGGCUGUAUACAGGCAUCAUUCAGCUUCUUCUUUCUAGAACAGAAAAAAUACAUGGCCAGUUUCAUUCUUCCUGUUUAACGUUUUCAAGUAACGUCCCUGAUUGCUUCAAAAACUAUAAACAUUGCUCUGGCUACUACAUGUUUCUGGUGAGUUUAGGAAAACUAGCUUUUCACACAUUAUUAAGUAACAAAAAGGAGAACUCUCUGGUUUUUGAUAAUGAUGUUGCUGAAAAAUAUCUGAACCAAGAAGAUUUGAAAUUAAGCAGUUUAUCGGGAAUUUUAUCAGUAAAUAAAGUAAAAACGUUGGUUAAUGAGAAUUUUAGAAUCUCAUUUGCACAUAAAACGGUACAAGAAUAUUUUUUAGCUAUUUAUGUAUGUUUUCAAAACACAAGUGAAGGUCAGGAAAUGAUCUUGAAAGAAUGCCAUUGUUUACAAAAUAUUCUAGACAUGUCGAAAGUAUUUGUCUUUAUCAGUAAUAUGAACCCUAAAUUAAUGUCUGCAAUAUCAAGCGAGUUGAUGUCUGUGAUAAAUGAUGAUGAGAAAACAAACAUUUACAGAACUAUGACAGAAUAUCAUUACGUGUAUUCUGAUCCAUUACAAGACAUACAAGACAUGUAUAUUUCAUGUGCUAAAGAAUGUCAAGGAAACGAAGACCUCAAAUUGUGUCUACAAGAUUUCUUUAUUGAUGGAAAAUGUCUACAAGUAAACUACUUCAUUCAGUUGCAACAUCUGUGUCAACAAAAUAAAGGAAAAAUAAAAUCAGUUAUGAUUCACAACAAAGGUAUUUGCAGUGUACAAGAAAUUUGCAGUUUGUUCGAACUCUCUUAUCUUCAAAAUGUAGAGAAAUUAUGGUAUAGGGGAGACAUUCUAGAAGAGGAAAUGAUAAGCUUGAUUUUGCACCCUUUAAAAUGUAUAUCUGUAUUAUCUAGUAAAUGGAAAUAUGAUACAUUUAAACACAAUCUUUGCCCUCUAUCUGGGGAGCUAUAUAGACGACUGGUAAAAUUACCGCACCUGGAGUGUUUAAAUCUAUACUGUUUUACUAUGACCCACGAGGUAAUGGAGACAUUGUUAAAUUUCCUCACUAGUAAAAAAUCAAUGACACAUAUUGAAUUAAGUCAGCUGUACUGUAGUGAUCACGAGAAUACUUCAUGCAGGGGCUUUAACAUUGACCUGUCACAACAUUUACAUCUGAAAGGUUUAGGAUUGGACAGUAUCCCCGUGUCACAGUUUAAAAUGAAUGUAUCGUUGUUAGAGAAAUGUACUGUAGGUAACUUAUAUGAACCUGGCGUUGUGUCAUCUUAUCUCAGCAAACUCCCAGCAGCAAAUAAACUACAAGUAUUUAGGUGUUUCUCUUUGAAAUCUUCAAGUCACAUUGAUACAAUGUUACUCAAAUUGCCCUUGUUACUUUAUGUGAAAGAUGUCUGGUUGGCAGGAAUAAAUCUUGAUAAAAGAUCAAUAACACUGUCACCUGAAAUGCGCAAUUUAAAACUAGUGUUUUUAGAUGGUUUUACAAUGUCUUGUUCAGUGUUAUAUGAUCUGCUUAAAGUUAUAAACAGACUACCACAAUCUGUAACAAUAAGGAUAGAUGGUUGUUAUAUAAAAACAGAAAGAGAAUUUCAAAGAUUCAGAAGAUUUGUCAAACUUUCGGACAAAUUUCUUAUCAACCAUGAUGGCACCACGAAGUCUCGAAUGUACGGGUUUGAGUUUAAAACAGCUAAGUUGAAAUAAAAAAGCGUGUAGAAACAAUUUAUUACAUAAAUAGUGACAAUAGUGACGGAUUAUUUUAAAAAAAUAAAAGGUUUGUGUUCAAUUUCGAUGGCACCAAUAGGUCUUAAAGGGUACCACUUAUUUUGUAAAAACUUGGUUUGAGUUGAAAACAAGAACAAACUUGAAAUUAAAUAUAAAGCAUGUACGAGUAUUUUCCUAUUACAGAAAUGUAUUAAAAUCUUGGAAAUCCUUAUUGCAAUUGUUGUAUUUGAAUAAAAGAAUAUAAAGCUA